CCCGAAAUCUGUCUUUACCCCCACAUGGCCACUCUUUCAACCUUGUAAUUAUAUAGAUGGUAGAUAACUACUUCCUGCAAAACAAGUCAUGGCGAUUACUUGUCUCCAACCUCAAUGGAAAAUACCCACUUCUUAUAAAUCUGGCACCUUUUUAGUUACUUCGUCUUUCUUGCAAACUCCACGAACAAAUCCAUGUGGGCUAACCAAAGAUUUGAACUGCUACAGAGAGAGAAGACUCAUUGUUAAGAUGAGGAGAGACAAUAAAGUACGUGGAUGGUUACUGCCAGUUGAUCCAUGGGCACCCAACAUUGACUCAGAGAGCAUAGCUUCACAGCUCUUUGCAGCGUCUUUGUUUCCCUACCUUGGUUUCUUGUACUUCAUUACUAAAUCAAAGUCCGCCCCUAAGCUUACUCUUUUCGGCUUCUACUUCUUACUCGCCUUUGUUGGGGCCACCAUCCCAGCUGGGAUUUAUGCAAAGGUGCACUAUGGAACUUCCUUGUCUAAUGUUGACUGGUUACAUGGUGGGGCUGAGUCGCUUCUUACUUUCACCAAUAUAUUCAUUGUGUUGGGGUUGAGGCAAGCUCUUAGGAGAGCUGGAGAUUCAGAACAAAGCAAACAAAAUGUUGAUCCACAGAUCAAAGAGGAAAAACCUUCCAUCUAGAUACACGUUCUUCUGGACAGGAAUUGUUACCCUUGCUUGCAUUCUAGCACAUCGUUGACUAUCUCUGUUUACUGCAGAGAACUUUCUUAUUAUCUCAUAUUGUACAAUUCUCUCUAUCUAAAAUGAUUUGUUUUGGUGGAGAAUUACAUUUAUAAUUCCUUUUUCUUCUGUCAUUUUCUCUGCCAAAUAUAAGUAGUUUCUAUAAUUCUUUAGGAGUGAUAAUCUCUCUUCAAUCUAUGUCCAGCAAAUUGCAGAUGUUUUUUGGUUCUGACUUUCAUGGGAAGUGUAUUGAACAUCUUUUGCAAAUUAAAUUGAUGUAUAUGUUC